AGACAUUUUAUAGCUAAAUUUGAUUGAAGAAACAAAAGGAGAAAACAAUGCCUAAACAGGAGGUUUGGAUUGGCAUUCCAGGUGACGGUAGAUGUUUGUUCCGGUCGGUGAUUCACGGUGCUUGGCUGAGGUCCGGGAAGCGGUCUCCGAGUGAGAGAUCUCAGAAAGCUCUUGCAGAUGAGCUUAGAGCUAAAGUUGCGGACGAAUUCAUCAAGAGGCGUGCGGACACCGAAUGGUUCGUCGAGGGUGAUUUCGACAAAUACGUCGGGCGAAUGAGACAACCUCACAUUUGGGGAGGAGAACCGGAGCUGCUCAUGUGCGCACAUGUGCUGAAGACGGCCAUAUCAGUUUACAUGAAGGAUAAGAAGUCUGGUGGAAGCCUCAAAAUUAUAUCAGAAUAUGGUCAAGAGUAUGGUACGGACAACCCCAUCAAAGUCCUCUAUCAUGGUUAUGGACAUUAUGAUGUAUUGGGCUGUCCGGUGGAAGAAAAGAUGAGUCGGGAGGAUUGCAUUGUCAAAUUGGUGCUUUAA